AUGCCUUGCGUUGCUUAUCCUAAUCCUCACCUUUCGCCCGCUAACCUGGCAUCGAUAAACAGCAACGCCCGCUUCCGGGGUGCCGCCGCUAAACCUCCUGGACAGAACAAGUCCCCCACGUCUUCAACCGCCGGCCAGCCUUCAUCACCUACCGUUGCGCAGGCACCUCAAAGCCAGGCUUCUGUCAGGGCGCCCAGUGUCCCGCCUUUGCCCAACUCUCCUUCUCUUGCUCAGACUAUUGGUAUGGAUGCUCAGGGCGGCAUGGCUAACGGCGACGACAUCCUCGGUUCAUACCACCUGCCUCGGCCCAUGCCGAUCUGGCUCAACUCCAACUAUGGCAAGCACAUUGUCAAGGGCAACUUCAUGACCCUGAGUGCAAGGCCAAAGACGGUCGAGCAGGGCGAGUGGAUCGCGCAUCAGGUUGUCGAGCACUACAGAAACCUCUGGAACUUUGUCCGUGUCCUUCACGAGAAGGAGGAGGAUGGAACCACCAUCUGCAACGCAUCAACUUGCCCGAGGAUGUCUGCUGGAACUAACCACUCCUUCACCUGGCUCAACAGCCGCAGAGAGCCCGUUGAACUUCCCGCCGCUGAAUACAUGACUCUUAUGCAGAGAUGGAUCUCGGGCAAGAUCGACGACACCAACAUCUUUCCCACCGACCCCUCGGGCGUCUCCUACGCGCACAACCCCAGCAUCACAACGACGCCCCUCUCCCAGCUCACCAACCCGGGUGAGCCCGACUGGAUCGGCAAACGCUCCGGCUUUCCCCAGAACUUCAUCGACGUAUGCCAGACCAUCUUCCGCCAGAUGUUCCGCGUCUACGCUCACCUCUACUGGGCUCAUUUCACCGAGCCCUUCUACCACCUGAACCUGGAGAAGUCCCUGAACAGUUGCUUCAGUCACUUCAUCCUUACCGCCACUGCUCUGGAUAUGCUGAAGCCCCACGAGCUCGAGCCCAUGCAGCCCCUGAUCGACCUCUGGGCCGCGAACGGUACCUUCCCUGCCGAGUCCAAGGCCUACGAGUACGCCAACCUCAGAGCCGGCGAGCGCCUCAUGCAGCUGGCUGGCGUCUAA